AUGGAUCCGCUGUAUGUUGCUUCAUUAGAAGCCACUUUAAAGCAAACAUUGGUUGCUGAUACCGCUGUUAUCAAACAAGCGUCUACCAAGUUAACCAAAGAGUUUUAUACCAACAAUGCUGCAUUGCCUUCAUUAUUCCAUAUUCUUCAAAAUGCUCAAGAUGAUCAAUUAAAACAAUUAGCAUCAGUUGAAGCCAGAAAAUUGGUUUUAAGUAAAUGGGAAAACGUCGAUGCCAGUUUAAAAGCUCCCAUCAGAGAAGCUAUGUUGAACAAUACCUUCAACCAACAAUCUAAAUUAAUUAGACAUUCAUCGGCCAGAGUUGUAGCUGCUAUUGCCGAAAUUGAUUUAGAUGGUAAUAACUGGCCAGAAUUAUUACCAGCAUUGAUUGCCAAAGUUCAAGAUUCUGAUGUUCAAACCAAAGAAAUGGCUGUUUUCACACUUUUCAUUUUAUUAGAAACUCAAAAUGAAUCAUUAGUUGCCAAUACUGAAGAUUUCCUCAAUUUAUUCAGUUCAUUAUUAACUGAACAAUCAUCAAGAGAAAUUAGAGUCAACUCCGUUUUAGCCUUUGACACUUUAUCAGCUUUCAUUGAAAAUCAACCAGAAAUUAAUACCCAUUUAGCUAACAAAUUCAAAUCAAGUAUUCCAGUUAUUAUUGAAGUUUUGAAAGAAGUUAUUCAAGCUGAAGAUACUGAAAAGGCUAAAGAAAUUUUCAAUGUCUUAAACUCCUUCAUUUUCUGUGACAAUAAAUUAAUUGGUAAUUAUUUAAUUGAUUUAAUUAAAUUUGCUGGAGAAUUAGGUUCAAAUAAAGAUUUAGAUGAAGAAAUCAGAGUUUUCAGUUUACAAUUCCUUAUUUCUGUUGUUAACAUCAGAAAAUCAAAAAUCUUAUCAUCAAAUAUUGGUCCAGAUAUGACCUUAAUUGGAUUAAAAGUUGCCAGUGAAGAAAUUGAUGUUGAAGAAGAAUUAGAAAACGAAGAUGAAGAAAAUGAAAAUGAAGAAAAUUCUCCUGCUACUUUAGGUUUAAGAUUAAUUGCUAUGUUAUCAGCAGAAUUACCUCCAUCUCAAGUUAUUCAACCAAUCUUAUCAAAUGUUGAAGCUAUGAGUAAUUCAUCAAAUCAAUUCGAAAGAAGAGCUGCUAUUUUAUCAAUUGGUGUUGCUUCAUCAGGAGCUCCAGAUUUCUUAGCUAUUCAAAUUAAUAAAAUCGUUCCUUUAUUAAUUAAAUCUUUAAAAGAUGGUGAAUUAGUUGUUAGAGUUGCUGGUUUAAAAGCUUUAACUCAAUUAACUUCAGAAUUACAAGAUGUUGUUACUGCUUAUCAUGAACAAUUCUUACCUCUUUUAAUUGAUAUCAUUGAUAGUGCUACUUCAGUUGCUGUUUAUAAAUAUGCUUGUUCAGCAUUAGAUGGAUUAAUUGAAUUCUUAAGUCAUGAUUCAGUUGAUAAAUAUAUUGAACCUUUAAUGAAUAAAUUGGUUUCAAUGUUACAAACUGCCAAUACUUCAUCAUUAAAAUGUGCUAUUGUUUCCGCUAUUGGUUCAACUGCUUAUUCUGCUGGUAAAAAAUUCAUCCCAUUUUUCAAACAAUCAAUUACUUUCUUAGAACCUUUCCUUGCUAAUGUUGCUCAAACUGAAGGUUUAACUGAAGAUGAUAUUGAAUUAAGAGCUUUAACUUUUGAAAAUAUUUCAACCAUGGCUAGAGCUGUUGGUAGAGAUGCUUUCUCUGAUUAUGCUACUCCAUUAGUUGAAGCUGCUUAUCAAUCUUUAAGUUCUGAUCAUUCAAGAAUUAGAGAAUCUGGUUUUGCUUUCAUUUCCAAUAUGGCUAAAGUUUAUGGCGAACAAUUUUCUGGUUUCUUGGAUAAAAUCAUUCCAGAAAUCUUGAAAUGUUUACAACAAGAAGAAUUUACCUUCAAUUUUGAUGGUGAAGAUGAAGAAGAACUCGAUCUUGAAGAUGAAGAAGAUUUAGGUAAUAAAUUAAAUGUUAAUACUGGUAUUACUUACGAAAAAGAAGUUGCUGCUAUUGCUUUAGGUGAAUUAGCUAUCGGUACUGGUAAAGAUUUCUAUAAAUAUGUUGAAGAAUCUUUUAAAAUUUUAGCUGAACAAGUUGAAAACAGUUACGGUAUGAGAGAAGCUUCAAUGGGUACUUUAUUCAAGAUUGUUAAAGCUUUAUUCGUUGCUGAACAUGGUGAAAAAUUCAAAUAUCCUAAAGGUGUUUGUGAUAAUAUUUAUAUUAAUCAAUCUAUUUUUGAAUUAGUUAAAAACAUCAGAAUGAUGGCUAUUGACAAUUUAGUUGAAGAAUAUGAAAUCACCAUGGUUGCUUGUAUCUUAGAUAAUUUGGGAGAAAUUAUUCAUAAAUUUGGUUCAAUUGCUAUUGUUGAUCCAUCAGAUCAAGAAAACUUAAGCAAAUUAUGCCAACAAUUAAUGAUGAUUUUAACCAAACAACAUCCUUGUCAAUUAGAAGAUGAUGAAGAUAUCCCAAGUGAUGAACAAGAUUCUUCAGAAUCUGAAACUGUCUUAUUUGAUAGUGCUUUGGAAGUUUUAAUUAACUUAUCAAUCACUUUAGGUAAAGAUUUUGGUAAAAUCUUUGCUUCAUUCAAUCCUAUCAUUCAAUCUAAUGUCAAAUCAAAGAACAAAACCAAGAGAGUCGCUUCUAUUGGUUGUUUAGCAGAAAUGUCAAUCUCAUUGAAAGAUGAUGAUAGUAUCAUGACUGAUUUAUUACAAUUAUUCAUUUCAAGAUUAAGUAAUGAUGUUUCUCUUGAAGUUAAAGGUAAUGCUGCUUAUGGUGUUGGAUUAAUUAUCGAAAACAAUAACCAAGAUUUCUCUAAUUAUUAUCAAAACAUUUUAGAGUUAUUAUUCCAUUUAUUGAGUAAAACUGAUAAACAAGCUUCAGGUGAAAAUGACGAAGAAAAUAAAGAUGUCCUUAAUAGAGCUUUUGCCAAUGCUUGUGGUUGUGUUGCUAGAUUAACUUUAAAAAAUCAACAAGCCAUUCCUUUACAACAUAUAAUUGAUCCUUUGUUGAAUCAUUUACCUUUACAAGCAGCUUUUGAAGAAAAUUCUCCAAUUUUCAAAUUAAUAUUGAAAUUAUUUGAACAACAAAAUGGUGAUAUUUUAGCUAAAUCCGAUAAAGUUGUUGAAAUCUUCGGUAAAGUAUUUGAAAAGGAAAUAGAUGUUGAAAACUUAAUCAACAAUAGUACUUUAGGUAGAGAAGAAGGUUUAGAUAGAUUAAAACAAUUCGAAAGUGAAGAUUUAAAGAAUAAGGUUGUGGAAUUAUUAAAAUUUAUCAAUGCUAAUAAUGGAAGUGUUGGUAAUCAUCCGGUUUUAAAAUCCAUUAUUUAA